CCGAAAAUGGCUACUGAUAACAUGUUCUUGGAGAAUUUGGAAGAAUACGUAUUUGAUGAAAACAAAGUUGUGACCUACAAAUGGCUGAGCAGUACACUGGGUGUUCAUGUCAACCAGGCCAAACAGAUGCUGUAUGCCUUCGUUGACAAACACAGAAAUAAGAAAGACAAUGACGAUUUGUCUGUCGUGUACUUUGUAUCUGGAACAAAGAAGUCUGACAAAGGAUAUGUGGUUCACCGUUGCUUUGUUCUACCUGAAGAGAGACUUGAAGCCUUCAAAUCCACCUUGUCUGUCCUCACAAGCUGUCAUGUCUACAGUGUGCAGAAAGCUAAGCUCAAGGAUUCCAAUGCUUUAUACAUCACAGAUUACGAGAAGAGAUGCGAGGCAUUAUCAGAGUAUAACAGACAUAGUGCUAUACAGUGUAAAAGUGCUGUGCUCAGAUCACCUGAGGAGUUGAAAAAACUGAGAGGAGCAGUUGUGAAACAGUCACCGCAGUUCCAUGAAAAACCUGCCACAAAUAAAGUUACUAAUGGUCAUGGGGCAGGCACGAAAUCAAAACCUGCAGCCAAAACGGGCAUCGCUGGAAUGUUCGCGGCUGGCGGGAAAACAACAGCAAAGAAACAGCCAUCACCAGAAGCCAAAGCUGACAAUGCCCAAGACAAAGAACCGUCAGAGUCAUCUGCUCAAGCCAAAGGAAAAGGGGGUGGAAUGAUGUCAUUUUUCUCGAAACAGACAGUAAAAGUCAAGGAAGAGAAAAUGGAGUCGACAGAAGCCACACAAAAAGAAGCACCACCAAGGGAAAAGUCUCCCCCCAAGAAAGGCAGUUUGAAAGGCAAAGGGAAGAAAACACAGAGGACACACUCUGAUGAUGAACUACAGAAGAAUAAGAGACGGAGAAUCCGAAUGGAUGUGUUUGACAGCAGCAGUGAAGAAGAAGAUGUAGACAUGGAACCAGAAAGCCCUGUCCCAAGCCCACCACCCCGAGAAGCCACACCCCCUCGAGAGGCCACGCCUCCUCGCACGCUUGUGACUGAUACUCCAAGCCCGAGCAACAACACAGAAGAGUCGAUACAGGUUUCUGGUGAGAAACGACGAAAACGGAAAAGAAAACUCGUUGCAAAAACUACAGUGGACGAGGAUGGUUUUAUGGUGACAGAGAAGGUUUGGGAGAGUGAUUCCACAGAUGCGUCAGAAGUUGAAGAACCUCCAGCGAAAAGCAGCAAAGAUACAACUCAGGCUAAGAAAGAAACAGGAACCUCGAAAAAGAAGCCUUCACCGGACAAAAAGACCUCCCCAGCCAAAGGCAGCACCAAACAAGCCUCACUCAUGUCAUUUUUCAAAAAGAAAUAAUGACCAAGUACAUUUUUAUGAGAAAUAAUCCCUGUGUUUUUCCCGACCAGUGUAUUUAAUGUUAAAUUGUGCUAAAAGACAGGAGUACAAAAAUUUGGUGUAUAAUGAAGUCUGUAAAUGUGUGAAUGUCUGAAUAUUGUACCAUAAUAGUUAUGUCCGUGAAGAAAAACCUUUUUGCACAAAAGUGAUAAAUACAAUGAAUUUCUUUAUUCAAAAUAUUUCAGAUGAAAACAUGUUUCUACAGAUCAAGUCUUGUUGGUAGAUGGUAGUUUAAAAUUUCAUUUUUCAGCUAAACUGUUAAAACAUUUUCACAUGUAUUCGGAGUAAACAGUUGGCGUACUUUACAUGGCGGGGUCUCCGUGGCCUUGUGGGUUAGCAUGGCUAGUGCUCAAUGAAGCGGCACUUUUUCGCCAAUGCAGUUCAAAUCCAAUUCAUGCUGGCUUCGUCGCCGGAUCUACUUGGAAAUGUCAGCCAGCAGUUAUUUUUGGAUCAUGAGUUUCCCCCGGGUUCUGCCCGUUUUCCUCCUACCAUAAUGAUGGCCAGCGUCAUAUAAGUGAAAUAUUCUUGAGUGUGGCAUAAACCAUCAAUCAGAUAAAUAAAUAAAGUCUUUAGAUGGCUGUUAUAUAGUUUCAGAUCUCCUCCCCUCCCCCCUUGACAUUGAGUCUCAUUGGUGUAAACUACCUGUGAGUUGACUGGAAAUGUCAAUUGAUUCCAGAAAAGAGGAGUUUCAAAAGUGAUGUGACCAUGGAAUUGUUUACUUUUGAAUUGCAAAAAACUUGGUCAAGAUGUUAGGCAACUAUUAUUGAUCACAUUUACUAUAACAUGGGAAUCUGAAAAAAACGUUUUGCAGAAACUUACUAAGAGCAGACAAAUGAUGACAAAAGUUGAAAAGCUGAAUUUUUGUGAACUUCAAAAAGUUUUGAAAGGGAAGAGGUGAGAGUUGACUCUGGAUCUCAGUGAGACAGAUGAUCAGUGAAUUAAUGUCUACAAAGGUUGCAAAACAUUUUUCACAGGUCACAUGAUACAGUAGAACUUUUUUUACCUUUAACAACAAAAGAGUUAAUGGAACUCAAAACACCCCUAUUGUUACUGUUAACAUGUUCGUAACCAUGACAGAGAAUCAUAUUCUCCAGUUUAACGUGGACAAAAAUCACUCUCGGAUGUUUCUCUACAUGUACAUGUCUAUACAAGAGUCACCAGUAUAAUUGACAAUAAGAUCUGCAAAUACUAUUAUGUCAUGCCAAGGUUUGAUAUGCAGUAGGUCAAGUAAAAUCAUCACCGCUGUCGGACAAUUCACUGUCAGAUCCGUUUGUCUUCAAAGGAAAACAAACACCCCAAGUCAUUCCAAGUAGUGUUGUACAGGGACUCUUUCGUUCUUUUCUGAGAUACAUCAGUGUAUCUACAUAGCUACAAUCAUAAAGCAAAGAGAUACAUG